AUGGGUUCCAAACUCAUCUCUCUCCUUUUUUUUCUUCCACUUCUAACAGUCACAUUCUUGUCGGGAGCCGAGCGGUCCUUUGCUUCCGACAACACACUCCUCGUAAACAGCUACCACCGCAACAGCACGGCAGAUUCCGGCGACAAUGGGAGGUCGUCGCUGAGAGGGAAGAAGCAGAGGGGAGGAUGUAACUUGUUCCAAGGGAGAUGGGUUUUCGAUCCUUCAUACCCUUUCUAUGAUUCGUCCACCUGUCCUUUCAUCGACGCCGAGUUUGACUGUCUCAAGUUCGGUCGACCAGACAAACAGUUCCUCAAGUACUCUUGGCAACCUGAGUCUUGCAGCAUCCCAAGGUUCGACGGUGCGGCGUUUCUGAGGAGAUGGAGAGGGAAACGAGUCAUGUUCGUGGGAGACUCACUGAGUCUGAACAUGUGGGAAUCGUUGGGAUGUAUGAUACAUGCGUCGGUACCAAACGCCAAGACCACUUUCCUCAAGCGUACCCCACUCUCUACUCUCACUUUCCAGGAAUAUGGAGUGACGUUAUACCUAUAUAGAACACCAUACAUAGUGGACAUAUCCAAAGAGAGCGUGGGACGUGUGCUUAACCUUGGAGCCGUUGAAGGAGGUGCUGAUGCUUGGAAAAACAUGGACGUUCUUGUCUUCAACUCUUGGCACUGGUGGGUUCACAAAGGAGCACAAUCCCAAGGGUGGGAUUAUAUAAGAGAUGGGUCUUCUUUGGUGAAAGACAUGGACCGUCUUGACGCUUUCUACAAAGGACUUAGCACUUGGGCUCGAUGGGUUGAUCAAAACGUCGACACCACCAAAACCCGAGUUUUCUUCCAAGGCAUUUCUCCCACUCACUACGAGGGAAGAGAAUGGAACGAGCCGAGGAAGAAUUGUAACGGGCAAAUGCAGCCAUUGAGUGGAUCUAACUACCCAAGUGGUCAGCCUCCACAAGCAGGAGUUGUGUCCAAAGUGUUGAAUGCAAUGAAAAAGCGUGUGUUCUUGCUCGAUAUCACCACUCUGUCUCAGUUGAGAAAAGAUGCUCAUCCUUCUGGUUAUGGUGACAAAAAGGGAGGAAACGAUUGUAGCCAUUGGUGCCUCCCUGGUUUGCCUGAUACUUGGAACCAGCUUCUCUACGCAGCUCUUUCCAUGUGA